AUGGUUGCGGCCGCCAGCGCCAUGCUGGUCGCUGCCACCCCUCUGGCUCUGGAGGAACGCAAGAUGGAGACGUCCGUUGUCAUGGUAUACAACACGGUCACGGUCACCGGCGGUGCGGCACCCGCCCUCCCCACCAUGAUGCUGGGCGAAAAGGCCCCUCCUCAGGUGACCCAGGAGACCGUCAUGACCGAGACGGCCCCCGCCGUGCAGAGUCCUGCCGUCGUCAUCGUGACCGUUACCCCCGAGCAGGCCCAGGCCGAGCCCACCACCGCCGAGCAGGCUGCGGCGACUACCGAGGUGGCCGCGCAAGAGGCAACCGUCGCUUCGUCCCCUACCACGGCCGAGGAGGCACAAGCAGCGCCUACUGAGCCUGCUAGUGAUGACAUGCAAACUGCCGCUAUCUACCACCACAACCUCCACCGAUCCAACCACUCUGCUCCCGAGAUGGCAUGGAGCGGCAAGUUCGCCGGAUACGCUUCCAACACCGCCGCCACCUGCAAGUUCGCGCACGACAUGGACCAGGGCGACAAGGGCUACGGCCAGAACAUUGCCAUGUGGGCUGUCAGCAGUGGUGCCGCGGACCUUGGCGAAGCUGGUGCCAUCAAGAUGGCCACCACCGACAUGUGGUACAAUGGCGAGUUCGCUGAAUACUUGCCCCAGUACUAUGGCCAAGCUACCCCUGAUAUGUCCGGCUUCGAGAAGUGGGGUCACCUUAGCCAGCUUCUCUGGAAGGAAUCCACGGAUCUGGGUUGCUCUGCUCAAUUCUGCGCCAAGGGAUCCAUGUACGACGACAUGGAUGCCUGGUUCAUGGUCUGCAACUACGGCCCUCCUGGCAAUGUUGGUGGUGGGUACGGUACCAACGUGCUCAAGCCUCUGGGCAAGAGUGUCGUCACUUCUUAA